AUGAAUCGCCUUUCUCAAACAUCUCGCUUCUCAUUUCUGUUGAGAACAUUACACCAACAACAACAAGCCUUGUCUUUCCAUACUGCUCUCAACUUUAAUCGUAUAGGCUCAAUUUUUGAUGUCCCAUCAGAAGAUAGUAAAUCCGAUGAUAAUGCCAUUUUCAAGUCUCUUACCAAAACAAUUGAUGAGGGAGUUAUUCCUUCUCAACAUCAACCACAGGGAAGACGUGCUCAAAAAGCAAACAAACAACAGAAUCAACAACUCAACGCUGGUAGCAAAAUUAUGAGACAUAUUUUCGAAGAAUUACAGAAUAGUGAGGCCCAACAACAACAACAAGCUGCAUCAUCAACCUCGGAUUCCACAGUAGACAAACAUGCUUUUGAUAGUUUUUUAUUUGGUGAUUCAAAGGCAGACAUGAGCUCUCUUCAAUCUCUCAUGCAACAACAAGGAACAGCCAACAUAGCUGAAGAGUAUUUCUGUGGUGAAAAGAUAGCUCAUCAAGACCCUGUUACGAAAGAACAAUUCAUUAAAGGAAAAGUAAAACUAAUUUCCGAAGCACUUGCAAAGGUUUCAGCAGAACAAAUUGAAGCCUUGUCGAGCCAGACUUUGAAAAUGGUGGAAUUGUUGCGAGGCACGAAAGAAAACUCUGAAGUUAGCGAAAUUGAAAAAGUUUUUCUCUCUAUCGAAAAACCAACAAGCACUGAUUUUAACUUGAUGGCUAAAGCAUAUUCUAAGGAUGUUAGCCAACGUGUUGGCUUGAAGCAUGCUCUUGACAAACAAUUACAGAGUCCUCAAUCAUUUGGAAGUGUAUUAAUGCAAGCAUUUGCAAAAUUAGGAGAGGUUGAAAACAUGCAACAGCUUGUGGAUGACGGUACUGUGAAUAGGGAUGCUAUUGCAUACAUAUUCUUACUCAAGAAUUUGAAAGAGGCCAGAGCUAGCUUUGAAGUUCUUAAACAAUUUUACGAAUCUGUUCCACAAGAAAUGAAAGAAGAGGGAUCAUUUAUUUAUGAAAGUCUGAAGAGAGAGGAACAGAUUCAUAGUAUGGAACAAGUUCUAAUGAAAGAGGGACCUCCAUUAGAAUCCACUUAUUUCAACCCAUACGUAACACCAGUGUAUGGUUUCAAUAGACCUUAUCCUAAGAAGUAG